AUGGAACGUUUACUAUCCUCGGGAACAGUAUACGCCCGCGGCACAGCAGAGUACGAGUCCUACCGAACGAGCUACAUAACAUCCAACAUCCCAUCGCGGUAUCCUCGAGAAAUCCACGUCCCAAGCACAGUCCGGGAUGUUGUCGCGGCCGUCAACCGCGCCAGAAGCCUGAACGUGCAAAUCGGCGUCCGGUCCGGCGGACACUCGUUCCCAUGCAGCUCGCUGAUCGAGGACGGCGUGUUGGUGGACAUGUCGAACGUGAAUCGGCGUGUGCUAUACAAUCCGCACACGCAGCAGGUUGACUUCGGCCCCGCGGUGCGCGUGAAGGAGGCCAUGGACGGAGUUGCGAGGAUUGGAAGGUUCUUUCCGACGGGGCAUGCGCCGAGCGUGGGGAUGGGCGGGUUCGUGCUGAACGGCGGGCAGGGUUGGUUUAUGCGUGGCUGGGGCGUGACGGGCGAGCAGUGGGUUGUCAAGAUGGAGAUAGUCACGCCUGCGGGAGAAGUGGUCGUGGCGAGUAAGGAGCAGAAUGCUGAGUGGUUCUGGGCGGCCAGGGGCAGUGGGCAGUGGUUUCCGGGCGUGGUCACGAGGAUUUGGGGCAGGACUGUGCCGAGUAAGAGGUUGUGGCAUAGGACGUUGACGUUCAGGGUUGGUGAGAGGUAUGAAGAGCUGAUGAGGUUUGUGUUUGAGAGGGAGAGGAGGACACCGAGAUGGGGCGCCGAAGUUGCGUUGUGCACGUUCUACCCUGGUCGGUAUGAGCAGGAUAAGGGGGAUGAGGUCGGGGAUAGGGAGAAGGAUGGAAUGCUGUUGUUCGCGGUGGAGAUGAUUGCUAUGUGUGAUGGGUUGAAGGAGGCCCAGACCUUGUUGAGCGCUUGGGAGGAUGUACCGGAGAAGUUGAAGGAGUGUCUGGUCCAAGACGAUCCGGUCAGGGCGACGAACUGGGACGAGUUGUUUGCGUUCCAGGAUAGUCUGGUGCCGUAUGGGAAUGGGGAGAAGUGGUUGUGUGAUAGUAUCUUGAGCGAGCCGGACGUCGAUGAGGAUGAGUUGAUCAAGGCGAUUCAGCCGGCAAUGUGUGAUCUACCUACACGCCUGUCCGUUGGAUGUCUAUAUGUCAGCCAGGCGACGCCAGAUGAACAACAGCAGUGCUGUUCGUUGCCACAAAAGUAUUACAUUGCGUCUUUUGUAGGGUGGAAGGACGGGAACGCUGAGAGAGAACCUCGACUGAGAAAAUGGAUGUCGUCGGCGUUCAAGGAGGCCGAGAGGCUAGGUUGUGGCAUGUAUAUUGCUGAUUACGAUCAUACCCAGCGUCAGAGCAGGGUGAUGACUCGACACGCUGAAGAGAGCUUUGCCAAGUUCAAGAGGAGGUAUGAUCCAGGAAAUAUUUUUUCCUGUGUAGGCUUCAGCUUCACGCCGGAUAUGGACACACAUGAGAAUCCUGCGAGGAUAUGA